CUUCCUCAGGCCCCCUGUUUGGUCUCUGAGGGCGCGGGGGGUGUUGGCGGUCAGUGCCGAGUCAAGGUCCGCGGGCAUCGCAGGUCGUAGCCCUGGAGCCCACGAUCAGAUGAUCCGGAUUUAGACGGCCAGGUGCCCCCAGCUUCCCGGGGAUCCCGUUCUUAGCUGGAUCGCUGAGCAAGCGGCGCUAGGACCUCUGGGCAGAGCCUCGGGGCAGUCAGGGGGAAAAUGGCCUACAUGGUCCCCCUCCCCCCGCAGUCACCUUCUGAGCCCGCUGCCCAAAAUAGCCCCCGGCGCCCGCUAGCCUGCCUUGUGGCCGGGAGAUGGCUGCUGCCUCCGACCGCGUGGAGUUGGGUUCACCCUGGGAACCCACGCGCCCAGAGCCCCCUCCCACCCGCUUCCACUCGGUGCACGGUGCCAACAUCCGCGUGGACCCCUCUGGGACGCGGGCCACACGCGUGGAGAGCUUCGCCCACGGCGUGUGCUUCAGUCGCGAGCCGCUGGCCCCGGGCCAGGUGUUCCUGGUCGAGAUCGAGGAGAAAGAGCUGGGCUGGUGCGGGCAUCUGCGUCUCGGCCUGACUGCGCUGGACCCCGCCAAUCUGGUCGCCGUGCCAGAGUUUUCGCUGCCCGAUUUGGUUAGCCUCGGCCACACCUGGGUCUUCGCUAUCACGCGCCACCACAACCGCGUGCCCGGGGAGGGCCAUCCGGAGGCAGAGGUAGCGGGCCCCCGCCGACCCCCGACCCUCCUGGUAGAACCAUAUCUGUGCAUUGAGCAGUUUCGCAUUCCCCGGGACCGCCUGGUGGGCCGCAGCCGGCCAGGGCUCUACAGUCACCUUUUGGACCAGCUCUAUGAGCUGAACGUGCUGCCUCCGACCGCGCGGCGCAGCCGUUUGGGCGUUCUCUUCUGCCCGCGCCCAGAUGGCACUGCCGACAUGCACAUAAUCAUCAACGGCGAGGACAUGGGUCCCAGCGCCCGCGGGCUGCCAGCUGCCCAGCCCCUCUACGCAGUGGUGGACUUGUUUGCCUCCACCAAGAGCGUGCGCCUGGUCCAGCUGGAGUACGGCUUGCCAUCCCUGCAGACUCUGUGCCGCCUAGUGAUCCAGAGGAGCGUGGUGCACCGGCUGGCCAUUGAUGGGCUCCACCUGCCCAAAGGACUUAAGGAUUUCUGCAAGUAUGAGUGAAGUCCUGCAGCCACGCUGAAAUAGGAGCACAGGAGUGCAUCCUGGCCCCAGAGCUUUGGCUGGUCUGAAGCUGGCCACAGUGCUGCCAGCCAGGACCAGAAAUAAACACAGCCCAUGCUGACACUGAUCACUGGAGGGUCUCUUUGCCCCUGCAGCCUAUGAAAGGUACUUCUUUUAGAAUCACUGCAGGUUAGCAGGUCAGAGCAAGAGAGCAUUUUAGGCAUCAUCUAGACCAGUGAUUCCUAGCCUGGCUACUCGUUAGAGUUAUCUGGGAUACUCAAAGAGUGCUUAUGCCCCGGACCCCAUGUAUAGAGAUACUCAUUUGAUUUGUCGGGGGAUUAGGGCUAUCUAUUGUUUUUGGUAAAAACUCCUCUGGAGAUUCUAAUGUAUAGCCAGGGUUGAGAAGCACUUCCCAAGAAUAGAGGUUUCAACUUUGUCAUAUUAUAAUCACUUGAGGAACUUUGAAAAAUAAUUGAUACCUGGGUCUGACCCAGGCAUUCUGAUUUAAUUGGUCUUGGGAUGAGGCUUGCCAUCAGGAUUUCUCAAAGGUCCCCAAGAGAUUCUAAUGUGCAGCCAGGGCUUGAGAACCAGCGCUCUAGACCAACUAUUUCAUUUUGCAGAUGGGAAAUUGAGGCCCAGAGAUGAAAAUAUAUUUGUCCAUUGUCCAAGAUCACACAGCAAAUGAUUGAAUGCAGAAUAUUCCUUGUCUCACACUACAGGGAACAAAGUACUACACUCCUCUAUUUGUAUCUCUGAUGAUUUGCUUCCAUACAAAUGAUCUCAGUUCAUCCUCACAACUCCUAGUGAGGUAGUGGACAGUCAUCAGCCCCACUUCCCAGAUGAGGAUAUCAAAGAAUAAAAUUGUCCAGGUGACUUGCCCAAGGUAAGGGCAAGAACCUAGAACACCCUA